GCGUUGCACAAACAAAAGUAAAAUAUACUACACAUGGUUGUUUCAAAUUUCUAAAUAGCACUUUUGCCAAUUUCGCCAUUUUGGAGAUAUUGACACCUGGCCGGUUUGCCCCACUCUCCCCUAUUGAAAAAAUUUCUGAUUUCUGAACAAAAUUUCUGAUUUAUUCGCACGAAUACUACAAAAAAUUACUAAGGCAAAUUUUUUGUUUUAAAUCGAUGGUAGCAAUAUUGCUGCAAUUUAGAUAUUAAUGGUAAAUAAAUUUAAACUUUUUUAUUCUUGAUACUAAUCUCCUUUAUUUUCAGAUCGGUCCUUUCCAAAUUAAUGGAUACAUGAAUGGAAAACGAUACAGUGACUUCUUAAAGAACUACGUUCCUAGGUUAGUUAGAGCUAGUGGAAUCGCAGCAGGUAGGAAGUAUAGAUUUAUGCAAGAUGGAGCGGGUAUUCACCGAAGUAAAGUGGCGUUGAAGACUCUUCGAUCAUUAUACGGAAAACGUAUUAUUGCGCUCGGUACAAAAAGAGAAUGGCCCCCAAGAUCGCCGGAUUUAACUCCAUGCGAUUUUUUUCUUUGGGGGCAUGUUAAAGCUCACGUUUAUUCAAACCUGUUGAAAACCAAGAACAGAUACGGGAGAGAAUAA